AUGCACAGCUCAGAGCCUCUCCUGAAGAUGGCCCUGCCGAUUCUGCUGUUCCUGGGACUGGCCGAAGCCUGCAUUCCUCGGGAAGGUUUGCUGAGCCUCCAAGUGUUAAGUGAAGAAACAAAUGACUGCAAAGAAGAAGUUAAGCUUCCCCCAACUACUAUCCCCACCAAGAAACCACCCAAGAAAAGGAACAAAUGGAACCUGUUGAAAUGUGCCUACAUGAUGGUCACCUUCUUAUUUGUGUCCUACAAUAAAGGAGACUGGUGUUACUGUCACUACUGUAACCCAGAAGUGGACAUCAGAAACGACCCCUGCUGUUCUUUUUAUUGA